AUGGGUGGUGGUAAUCAUUUACAAGCAUACAACCGAAAAAACGAAACCCCCGAGGAUAAAAAAAAUAGAUUAUUAGCUGAAAAAGCUGCUAAAAAACGUAGCGAUUCCAUUGAUAAAAUGUUAAAAGCCGAAAAAGAAAGAUUAAUAAAAACCAAAAGUGCAAAAUUACUGCUGCUAGGUUCUGCCGAAAGUGGCAAAACAACAGUUUUGAAACAAUUAAAAAUUAUUCAUGGAAAAGGUUUAGAGGAGGAACGUCAAUCAUAUCGUAAGAUAGUUCAUUUGAAUGUGCUUACUGCAAUCAAACUAUUGAUAACUGGACUUCAAUACUAUGAAUACACUUUAAAACCAAAGAAUGAACCACAUCUUGAAAAAUUUCUUAAAUUGACUUCAAUAAAAGAUUCAUUGAAUCGUGAUUCUAUUAGUGUUCAGGCUGCUAUCAAAGAUCAGAAAUUGGAUGAUAGUGCUUUGGACUCGUUUAGUGAAUAUAUUGAAUCUGUUAAAGAAUUAUGGGCUGAUGACGCAAUUAAAAAAUGUUACGAUCAUGCUACUGAAAUUGGUUUACAAGAUUCUGCAAAAUACUUUCUAGAUAAUGUUGAUAGAAUUUCCAAGGAAGAUUAUUUACCAACAGAUGAAGACAUAUUACAAGCAAGAGUUAGAACAAUGGGAGUGACAGAACAUAAAUUUGAAGUAAAUAAUCUAAUAUUCAGAAUUUUUGACGUUGGUGGGCAUCGGUCUCAACGACAAUUCUGGGCUCCAUACUUUGAUGAUGUAGAUGCAAUAAUUUUUAUGGCGGCAAUAUCAGCAUAUGAUCAAACAUUAGAAGAGGAUAAUGAUGUUAAUCGUGUGCAAGAUUCAAUUCAACUAUUCGAAAAAAUAUGUAACCAUAACUUAUUUACAAAUACUGGAAUCAUUUUAUUCCUUAAUAAAAUUGAUAUUUUGAAACACAAACUUACAACAACACAAGUCAAAAAGUAUUUUCCUGAUUAUGAAGGUGAUAAUGGAUAUGAUAGUGUUACUGAAUAUUUUCAAAAUUUAUUUUUGGAUUGUAAUGAAAAUGAGGAUAAACAUAUUUAUACUCAUCUCACGCACGCUACAGACACAAAAUACAUGAGAGUAAUUGUAGCUUCAGUGAAUGAUAUUGUUAUAAAAAUUAAUCUCGCAAGAAUUGUUAAAACUCCAAAAGAAGUUCCAACUUUAGGAUCUAGUGUUGUAAAACUACAAAGCAAUAUUAAGAAACAUAUAAAGAGAGACAUUGUGGGUUCAGGAGUUAAAAUACUUGAUCGUAAAGAUUAUCAAAGUUUUGCACCAACUUAUGAUUCAAGUGACUCAGUCUUUUCAUUUGAAAAUACAAUGUUGGCGGAAUCUUUUAGGAAUCAUGGCCAAAAUAUUGAUGAUGAUGUUGAUGUUUAUGAUAAAAUGGAUGAAGAUAUAACAGGUGCUGAAGAUCACGAAGAAGAUUUUGAAGAAGACUUUGAUAAAUUAUUGGACGAAAAUUCAAAGUUACAUGCUCAUUUGAUAAGCUUACAAAAAGAAAGAUUUCUAAAGAAUCCUAGUGAAAUAUCUGAUAUUGAAAUUGAAAUUGAGCAAAAAUUACGUAAUAACUUGGUUAAGUUAUUUGGUGAUGUAUCACCGAAUGAUCUAUUAACACCUUUCAGUAUUGAAAAAACCAUGGAUUCGUUGACGACAUGUGAGCCAUUGGUUAAAGGAAAAUUUCCACCAAAUUCAUAUCCUGUUAAAGUGUUGCCAUCACAAGUUUCCAAAGAAAUAGUAUCAACGACUCAAUCAUACAAUAAUAAUUGGAAACAGCAACAAAUUUCUUUUCAACGAUACCAUCACAAUCUUCGAUCUGCUAAUCUAUUCAACAUAACUGAACUGUCUGAUUCAAUGGUAGAACUUGAGAAAGGUGAUUUUAGAGGCAGAGAUGACGGUGAUGAUGAUGUGCCAAUAUUUGUAGUAAAUCUAUCAGUAGACGAAGGUGUUGUUGAUUAA